AUGGCGGAAAACAAAAUCCCUCUUGGGCGUUACAUGUGGGAACGUAUCCAUCAAAUCGGUGUGGACACAAUCUUCGGUGUACCAGGCGACUUCAACCUCCAGUUUCUCGACCAAAUUUUCCACGUUGAUAGCCUGAAGUGGACGGGCAACCAAAAUGAGCUGAAUGCAUCUUAUGCCGCAGACGGCUAUGCCCGCAUAAAGAACGUUCCUGGAUGUUUCGUCACCACUCAUGGUGUCGGUGAAUUAAGCGCACUGAAUGGCGUUGCGGGCAGUAUGUCUGAGAACGUAAAGGUCAUACAUGUUGUUGGGCAAACCACGCGUGCGAUGCAGAAGAAUCAUAUGAUGAUUCAUCAUAGCAUUGGCUCGAAGCCAGAUCAUCAAGUAUACAACAAGGCCAGUGAGGGGCUACGAUUUGCCGCUGCAGAGCUCUGGGACAUUGAAAAUGCACCAAGUGAGAUUGACCGUGUACUCCGAGAGUGUGUGAUCAAGAGUGGACCAGUGUACAUUUUCUUGCCGCUGGAUCUGAGUGCCGAGUUGGUGGACAAGAGUUUACUUGACAAGAAGAUCGACCUGGCCCCACAAGUCGAUGAGAAGGCACAGGAAAAGGCAAUCGAUGCCAUUACCAGUGCGAUUGCUGAGGCUAAACAGCCAACUGUCGUAGUAGAUGCGCUUGUGCACCGGUUCGGUGCCAUUAAAGAAGCCCAACAAGUAGUCAAGAAGCUCAACGUUCCGUUCUUCUCGACAAACAUGGGCAAAGGCAUUGUCGAUGAGAGCGAAGAAACAUUUGUUGGCGUAUGGAAUGGCGAAAUUAGUACUCCAGGUGUUAAGGAAGUUGCAAAAGCAGCUGAUUUGGUCAUAACGCUGGGAUAUGUGCCAUGUGACACCAACACGGCUGGUUUCUCGAGACAGUUGGACGAAGGGAAAGUGAUCCACAUCAACCCAUUUGAUGUUGUUGUCAAGGGCACAUCCUAUCCAUCCACCGCCAUACAACCACUCCUUGCCGCUCUAUCUGCUGCUCUCCCCUCAACAGCCCAACACUCAAUAGCCAAGCCACAGCUUCCCCCUCCACGCACACCUCUGGAUGUAGACGCCAAGCACCUGACACAAUCCUGGCUCUGGCCCACGAUAGAAGCCUUCCUCAAGUCUGGCGACGUCGUCAUCAGCGAAACAGGUACCUCGAACCCUGGAAUCGGCGACAUCACCUUUCCCAAAGACAUUACUCUCAUAACGCAGAUCUACUACGGCAGCAUCGGUUUUGCAACUGCAGCCACGCUGGGCGCUGAUCUUGCAAGGCGCGAGCUGGAGGCAGUGAACAAGCGUAACAAGGGAAGGACGAUACUGGUUACUGGCGAUGGAUCCAUGGCGUUGACCAUUCAGGAGAUUGGCACUAUGAUCAAGGCAAAGUGCAAGGCUGUGAUAUUUGUCAUUAACAACGAGGGAUAUACCAUUGAGCGGUUGAUCUGGGGUGCUCGACAACCAUACAACGAUAUCGUUCCUCACAACUACUCUCACCUCCUCCCCCUAUACCACCACCCAGACCCGGCCUCGUCGUUCCACCGCGCGGCAACAAAGGAAGAGCUUACCGCUAUCCUGGCGAAACCCCAGGUGCAGCAGCCCGAAAACGUGCAGCUUGUAGAGCUGGUACUGGACAAGCUGGACACAAGCUGGAAGCUCGGCACAACCUUGGCAUGGAGAAGCGAGGAGCACAAGGAGUAUCUUACGCGAGAAGGCUUCGUAGACACAUACGGUGGAUGGAGUCUUGAAGAAAAGGCCGGUGGAAGCGUAAAGUGGAGCUAG